AUGAUUCAUGUUGCUCAGUUGCUCGAAGGUCGAGGAGUUGAUAAUAUGAUGACGAUUCUGAAAGCUCAGGUCGCCCACAAGAACGCCUUGAUCGCCGCCGUUCAACUGGCAUUCAACGCCAGGCCCUCUUUUUUCAACGCCAUACAGGACAAAACAAAGUUAGUGUAUUUGUUUUAUGUAUGUGCAUUUUCGUAUUUCUGUAGAUGCGAUUAUGAGAUCCUCAUAAAAGUGAGAGGACAAAAAACGCAAAAUAUGUACUAA